CGCUGCCCGCCAUGACCGCUAAGUCCUGGGAGCUGUUGGGCUCUGGGACCGCAGUUGCUGAAAUGGAGGCAGAGGCGUGGGAGGCAGAAGGCUACAACCUAGUUCUGGACUCGGACCUGUAUGAUGCAGAUGGCUAUGAUGUCCCAGACCCUGGGCUGCUCACCGAAAAGAAUGAGUUGACUUUCACGGAGCCGUCGCAGGUCCUGCCCUUUUUGACCAGCAGCCAACAGUGGCAAAGCCUGACCCCGCGCGCGCGCGCCCGCCAACUGUGGCUGCUUCUGCGCACCAGCCUCCAGGAGGUCGUGGAAAAGGAGAAGAGAGCCGAGCUGCGCGUGGCGCGCCUGACGCAUGGGCUGGAACCACUGCGCCGCCUGGAGGUGGCAGCCGGGCUGCGCUCGGUGGCGCAGGACCCGGUGGGUGGACGCUUCGUGGUGCUGGACGGCGCAGGCCGCCUGCACCUUCACAAGGAAGACGGCUGGGCACAGGAGACGCUGCUGGCGCCUGUCGGGCUUACGGGGCUGGUGACCGUGCUGGGCCCGCUGGGUGCCGUGGGCCGUUUUGUAGGCUGGGGCCCCGCGGGGCUGGCCAUCCUGAGGCCCAACCUCAGCCUGCUGUGGCUGAGCGAGCAGGGGGUGGGCAGGGCCCCGGGUUGGGCGCCCACCUGCUGCCUGCCGGUUCCUGACCUCAGGCUGCUGCUCGUUGCGGAGAUGGACGGCAGCCUGGCGCUCUGGCAGUUCCGCUCAGGUGGUCGCCGCCUGGUGCUGCGAGGGUCACCACUGCACCCGCCCCCGAGCCCAACGGGCAGGCUCAUGCGUCUGGCUGUGGCGCCGGUUCCUCCCCACCACGUCCUGCGCUGCUUCGCGGCCUAUGGCUCGGCCGUGCUCACUUUCGAUCUGCAUGCCUGGACUCUCCUAGAUGUGCGCCGGGAUUUGCACAAAACCACCAUCUCGGACCUGGCUUACUGCGAGGAAGUAGAGGCAAUGGUGACAGCUUCCCGGGACAGCACCGUGAAGGUGUGGGAGGCUGACUGGCAGAUCCGGAUGGUGUUCGUGGGCCACACAGGCCCGGUGACGGCUAUGGCUGUGCUCCCGAACACGAACCUGGUGGUGUCGGCCUCGCAGGACGGGACGCUACGCACCUGGGACCUGCAGGCGGCGGCGCAGGUGGGCGAGGUAGCGCUGGGCUUCUGGGGCCAGGACAAGCUGUCCCGGCGCGUGGGCCGUCUGCUGGCGCCGGUGCGCCCGGGCUGGCCGGUGCUGUCCCUGUGCGCGAGCAGCAUGCAGCUGUGGCGCGUACGCGAGCUCUACUCGCCGUUGGCGCAACUGCCCGCCAAGGUGCUCCACGUGCAGGUGGCGCCCGCGUUGCCCGUGCCCGCGCACCAGUCGCUGCCUAUGCGCCUCGUGUGCGCGUGCGCUGAUGGCUCGGUCUACCUCCUGUCGGCUGCCACCGGGCGCAUAGUGAGCUCACUGCUGCUGGAGCCGGAGGACUGCGCGGCAGCCGUGGCCUACUGCCUGCCGCGUGAGGCGCUGUGGCUGCUGACCAGGGCCGGGCACCUGGUCCGCGCCAACGCAGCACGCUGCCCCAUGAGCGUGCUGCACCGCGUGUGCCCGCCGCCGCCCCCUGCGCCGCAGCCUUGCUGUCUGCACCUGUACAGCCACCUCACGGAUCUCGGAGGCGCCUUCUCCUCCUGGUAGGUCGUGCGCCAGCACUGGGGCGAGUUGCGCUGCAGCGCUGUGGCCUGCGCCCGGAAGAACAAGAACCGGUACCUGCCAGUGGUGGGGCACACGGACGGCACGCUGUCGGUGCUGGAGUGGCUCUCGUCGAAGACUGUCUUCCAAACGGAGGCGCACAGCCCGGGCCCGGUUCUCGCCAUCGCAUCCACCUGGAACAGCAUUGUGUCUUCUGGUGGGGACCUGACGGUGAAGAUGUGGCGCGUCUUCCCCUACGCCGAGGAGAGCCUGAGCCUGCUGCGCACCUUCUCCUGCUGCUACCCGGCCGUGGUGCUCUGUGCUCUAGGCAGACGCGUCACCGUGGGCUUUGAGGACCCAGACAGCGCUACCUACGGCCUGGUGCAGUUUGGCCUGGGCGACAGUCCGCGAUUAGACCACCGGCCCCAGGACGACCCCACGGACCACAUCACUGGCCUGUGCUGCUGCCCUGCGCUCAAGCUGUAUGCCUGCUCCAGCCUGGACUGCACCAUUCGCAUCUGGACCGCUGAGAACCGCCUUCUGCGGCUCCUGCAGCUGAAUGGUGCCCCUCAGGCCCUGGCUUUCUGCAGCAACAGUGGAGACCUGGUGCUGGCACUGGGAUCCCGCCUCUGCCUGGUGUCCCAUAGGCUCUACCUGCCUACAUCCUACCUAGUUGAGAAGAUGUGCCAGAAGGCCCCAGACAUGGUGGACGACCCUCCGCUGCCACUGAUGAGCCAGGAGUCACUGACUUCCGCCCAACUGCAGAGGCUCACCAACCUCCAUGGGGCAGCCGGCCUCAGCAAGGCCUUGUCUCUCAUCCAUCGUCGGAGAGCAACAUCUCAGCACCUGGUGUCGAAGGAGGACUUGGACGCCCUAGUGGCUCGGGACCGAGACCUUCAGCAGUUGAGGCUGGGGCUAGUGGUCCCGGCAGCCCGGCCCCCACCCUCCUGGCAGCAGCGCCAGGAAGGCUUUGACAAUUACCUCCGUCUGAUCUACGGCUCUGGCCUGCUGGGCAUGCAGUCUGGAAGGGAGUCCCAGCAGUGGAGCGCCAGGACCCUCACAGUGGAGAGAGAGACCCGGGAUGUGUGUGCCCUACCCCAAGCUGCCCACUGUCUUGCCCGGGCUGAGGUCAGCACUGCAGCCCAAACAGUGCCAACAGCCCUGUCCCCACGGGACCUGGGGGCCCUGGGCCAGCACUUCUCCCAGCCUCCCCGAGUCACAGUGCCGAUCCCACCCUCCCACCGUAGGGUGCACAGCAAGGCAUCCCAGCUUCUGGCCCGCUCCUCACUGAGCCACUACCUGGGCAUCAGUCUGGAUCUGCAGCUCCGAGGGAGGACGACCAUGGCCCUGGACCUGCCAUCCUCCCACUUGCAGUGCAGGAUCCCACUGCUGCCAAAGAGACGGUCCAAGGAACCUCUCUCUAGCCUCAGAGGCUUCUUUCCUGCCACCGUACAGCCCCACAAGCACUGCCUGAGGCCCAUCUGCUUCCCCGGCUAUGUGCCCAACUCUGUGGUGCUACAGCAGAUGUGGCUAAAUGCGGAGCCAGGGGCAAGCCAGGAUGCCCUGUGGUUGUGGCGCCCCAGGCCAUCCCAAGCCCAGUGGCAGAGGAAGCUGCUCCAGUGGAUGGGGGAGAAGCCUGGGGAGGAGGCGGAGGAAGACCAGAAGGAAGAGGAGGAGGAGGAGGAAGACGAGAAGCUGGACCGGGCCUCAGCUUCCCUGAGCCCACACUCCAACCAGCAGCUGGAUUCCUGCGAACUGGAGGAUCAGAGUGCUGUGGACUGGACCCAGGAGCCCCGGCAGCACACCUGCGAGGCUGCCAGGACCCACCCUCAUCCCUGGCACCGUCAUGGGAGUUUGCUCUUGGAUGAGCAUUAUGGGCAUCUGCCCAAGUUUCUGCAUUUCUUCAUCCACCAGACCUGGUUCAAAAAGUUAUUCCCCAUCUUCAGCCUGCAGGCGUACCCGGAGGCGGGCACGAUGGAGGGCCUGGCCUCGCUGUUGGUGGCCCUGCUGGAGGAGACCAUGUGGGUCGACCGUGUGCACAUCCUGCGGGUGCUACUGAGACUGCUGCCCAACACGAGCAGUGAUCUCCAAGACCAGCUGCAGGGCCUGCUCGUACACUUGCUCAACCUGGACCAGCCCCCUAGCCUCCAGGACCAGACGCAGAAGAAGUUCGUGAUGCUGGCACUGCAGCUGCUCCUGGCCUGCUCCCUGGAGUCCCGGGAUGUGGUGCUGGAGCUCAUGUGCUACUUCCUCUCCUCUCCGGUGCACUGCCGGCCAGAGCUCAAGAAGCUGCUGCACAGGCUGGGCCUUCAGGACCCGGAAGGCUUCCUGUUCAAGGAGAUGAUGACCUGGGUCCAGGGCCCAGACCUGGAGUCCAAGGCCGGCCUGCGCACUCGCUGCUGCCAGAAACUGGAGGACAUGAUCCAGCAGCUUCAGGAGACCCAGUCGCAGACGUCAGUGGUCUCUGGGGCACCCACGCGCGCCUCUGUGACACCCUCGGGCACCUCCUGGUCGCCCUCCAGCAUCUUCGGGAGGCUCUCGCGCGUCUCAGAGGUGCCUGUGAUGGUCUCAUCUGCGGAGCUGCACUCUUUAGCCCCGGAGCUCCAGGCCCAGCGGACGCUGGCACCCACACGCAGCUGGGGGACCCGCCAGCUCCGUCUCGGAGUGCUCUCCGAGACGCUGAAGAACUUCUGCCCGGAGGCCGAGGCCCGCCUGCACCCUGCUGGGCCUGCUCAGCUGCCCGGAGAGCCGCCGCCGCUGGAGGAGACCGACUGGUCACACUCGCAGCUGCUGGACUUGGGCCCCAUCGAUGCGCUCAACUUCUUCUGUGAGCAGCUGCGGGCGCAGCAGCGGAGCUCGCUCCAGGAGGAGGCUGCGCACCCACAUCCGCACCCACCAGUGCCCGACACGGUGGCGCCGGUGCCCGACAUGGUGGUGCCACCUCCACGGGAGCACUGGUACCACCCCAUCUUCCGGCUGCAGGAGGCCAAGGCGCAAAGGUCCGCAAGGUCCGCGAAGAGACUGAGGGGCCCGAUGCCGUCCCGGCUCUGUGCCGGCCGCACCCUGGACGGCCCCAUCCGGACGCUGAAGCUGCCGCUGCCGCGUGUGGAGCCUCAGCCUUUCCCCCUGGACUGGCCCACGCCCCCGCGCCCGCUGCCCCCGCGGCUCCUGCAGCCCGCCCUGCAGCGCUACUUUCUGCCAGAGGACGCGGACCCUGACACCUACAGCUGACCGGGCUGGUGGCCUCAGCCCGCCUGGCUCUGGGGCCUGUCAUUGGUGUUUGGCCAAGGCCUGCAUCGGAAUAAAGUCCAGACAAUUUCUGUCUGCA